ACUUCAUUCGACUUCACGACACCGUAGUCCGUGGUCAGAAGUCGGAAAUAGAGGUUUUUUUGGCAAGGAACGACAACUGAAAAGCAGGGUCAAAAGACAUCAUCAUCAUGGCUAACGCUACAGGACCUCAGAUGGCUUAUUAUGGGCAACAGAUGGGCACUUUCGGGUACCCUGAGGGCAUGACUGUCGUGGACUUUGUACCAGAAACCAUUAAACACAUGGUACACGAACACUGGUACAAUUACCCCCCGGUCAAUCCUAUGUGGCACUACCUGCUUGGUGUCAUCUACAUCUUCCUUGGUUUCUUCUCCACCACUGGCAACGGCCUUGUCAUCUACCUGUACAUGAAGGCCCCGAAUUCAAAAUAG